AUGAGCGAAACUACCCUUCGCCGCGGCGCCUUCCUUGUUCUCUUCCUCUUCGUUUUUCUUGGAGCGUUUGUGACGCUGGAGGCCUACCGCUACAUGUGGAUAUUCCUGUCGGUCGUUUUUGGCAUCAUCCUCUUUACGGACUGUGUCUUCUUCAACGAAGGGGACUUCCUCUACGAUCCGUUCUACAACAACUGGUUGGAGAAGACGUCUCCGCAAUACUAA